GGCCCUCCCCUCCUUCCUGGAGCCACAGCUGAGGCGGCGGCGGCGGCAGCGGCGGCGGCAGCCGGGCUGGGGGCGGCGAGUGGCCCGCGCGACACGCGCCGGCCUCGACCCUAUGCUUUGAUUCGCGUGCCGCAGGCGCCUACUGCCCCGCCGGCGGGGCCCGGGCUUCCUGCCGCGGGAUGUUCUCCCGAAGGAGCCACGGGGAUGUGAAGAAGUCCACCCAGAAGGUGCUGGACCCGAAGAAGGACGUGCUGACCCGCCUGAAGCACCUGCGGGCGCUGCUGGAUAAUGUGGAUGCAAAUGAUCUUAAGCAGUUUUUUGAGACCAACUAUUCUCAGAUAUAUUUCAUCUUCUAUGAAAAUUUUAUAACACUGGAAAAUAGUUUGAAAUUAAAAGGGAAUAAUAAGUCACAAAGGGAGGAGCUGGACUCCAUCCUCUUCCUUUUUGAAAAAAUACUGCAGUUUCUACCUGAACGAAUUUUCUUUCGAUGGCAUUACCAGAGUAUAGGCUCAACUUUAAAGAAGCUUCUACACACUGGAAAUUCUAUUAAGAUAAGAUGUGAAGGAAUCAGGCUGUUUCUUCUGUGGCUUCAAGCACUUCAGACAAACUGUGCAGAAGAGCAGGUGCUGAUUUUUGCUUGCCUGGUGCCUGGUUUCCCAGCAGUCGUGUCAUCCAGGGGCCCUUGCACACUGGAGACACUCAUCAAUCCCAGCCCUAGUGUAGCUGAUGUAAAGAUAUAUCCAGAAGAAAUCACUCCACUCCUGCCAGCCAUAUCGGGGGAGAAGAUUGCUGAAGACCAAACCUGCUUUUUUCUUCAAAUACUGUUGAAGUAUAUGGUUAUUCAGGCUGCGAGCUUGGAGUGGAAGAAUAAGGAGAAUCAAGAUACUGGUUUUAAAUUUCUUUUUACAUUGUUUCGAAAGUAUUAUCUUCCUCAUUUAUUUCCAUCAUUUACUAAGUUAACAAACAUCUACAAACCUGUACUUGACAUCCCCCAUUUGAGACCAAAGCCUGUGUACGUUACUACAACUCGAGACAAUGAGAACAUUUACAGUACAAAAAUUCCAUAUAUGGCAGCUCGUGUUGUUUUUAUUAAGUGGAUUGUAACCUUCUUUUUGGAAAAAAAGUAUCUAACUGCAACACAAAACACUAAAAAUGGAGUUGAUGUAUUGCCUAAAAUCAUCCAGACUGUUGGUGGUGGUGCUGUGCAGGAGAGAGCGCCUGAGCUGGAUGGUGGUGGGCCCACGGAGCAGGACAAAAGCCAUUCUAACAGCAGCACCCUGUCGGACCGAAGACUCAGCAACUCCAGCCUCUGUAGCAUUGAAGAAGAGCACCGAAUGGUGUAUGAAAUGGUACAGCGGAUUCUCUUGUCAACACGAGGUUAUGUCAACUUCGUGAAUGAAGUAUUUCACCAGGCAUUUUUGUUGCCUUCCUGUGAGAUAGCUGUAACAAGAAAAGUAGUUCAAGUGUACAGAAAGUGGAUUCUCCAGGACAAACCUGUGUUCAUGGAGGAGCCAGAUAGAAAAGAUGUUGCCCAAGAAGAUGCUGAAAAAUUAGGAUUUUCCGAGACUGAUAGCAAGGAGGCCUCGUCUGAAAGUUUUGGUCAUAAACGAUCUUCCAGUUGGGGACGCACGUACUCCUUCACAAGUGCAAUGAGCAGAGGGUGUGUGACAGAGGAGGAAAAUACAAAUGUGAAAGCCGGCGUCCAGGCUUUGUUGCAGGUAUUUUUGACGAACUCUGCAAAUGUCUUUUUGUUGGAACCAUGUGCUGAAGUUCCUGUGCUCUUGAAAGAACAAGUUGAUGCUUGUAAAGCUGUUUUGAUUAUUUUUAGGCGCAUGAUAAUGGAGCUUACAAUGAAUAAAAAGACAUGGGAACAGAUGUUGCAAAUACUACUCAGGAUAACAGAAGCUGUCAUGCAGAAGCCAAAGGAUAAACAAAUAAAGGACUUGUUUGCCCAGAGCUUGGCAGGGUUACUAUUUAGGACGCUCAUGGUGGCUUGGAUCCGAGCAAACCUCUGUGUGUACAUUUCUCGAGAGCUCUGGGAUGACUUUCUCGGUGUGCUAUCCUCCCUCACGGAAUGGGAGGAACUUAUAAAUGAGUGGGCCAACAUUAUGGACUCGUUGACAGCAGUGCUUGCAAGAACCGUUUAUGGAGUUGAGAUGACAAACCUACCUCUGGAUAAAUUAAGUGAACAAAAGGAAAAGAAGCAGCGAGGCAAAGGCUGUGUUCUAGAUCCUCAGAAAGGAACCACCGUGGGGAGAUCCUUUUCUCUCAGCUGGCGGAGCCACCCAGAUGUGACCGAACCGAUGCGAUUUAGGAGUGCCACCACAUCUGGAGCACCGGGAGUGGAAAAGGCAAGAAAUAUUGUUCGCCAAAAAGCAGCUGCUAAGCGAAGCCAGUCUAUCAGCAACUGUGUCCACCUUUCUGAGGCUUUGCCUGCCACUAAAAGCGUCCCGCUCCUCCUUCACACCGUGAGCGCUCUCUUACCUGGUCUCUCUUACUCUUCUUGCUCUCACAGGCUGUCAGAAGUGGAGGAAUGUCAACAUUCAGAAAAUGCACCUGCAUCCGGAUCUGGCCAUCUCACGGUGGGACAGCAGCAGCAGGUCCUUCGGAGCAGCAGCACCUCCGACAUCCCCGAGCCGCUGUGCUCAGAUUCUUCUCAGGGUCAAAAGGCAGAAAACAUACAGAAUUUGAGUUCUUCAGAGCCUCAGCCUAUUCAAGAGAAUAAAGGACAUGUGAAGAGAGAACAUGAAGGAAUAACAAUCUUAGUUCGAAGAAGCAGCAGCCCUGCUGAAUUGGAUUUGAAAGAUGAUUUGCAGCAGACACAAGGAAAAUGUAGGGAAAGACAGAAGAGUGAAAGUACCAACAGUGACACAACUCUGGGCUGUACCAAUGAAGCAGAGCUGUCCAUGGGCCCAUGGCAGACCUGUGAAGAAGACCCAGAGCUGAAUACUCCCACAGAUGUUGUGGCUGAUGCUGAUGCCCGUCAUUGGUUACAACUGAGUCCCACCGAUGCUUCGAAUUUAACAGAUAGCAGCGAGUGCCUCGCAGAUGACUGUAGUAUAAUCGCCGGGGGGAGCCUCACUGGUUGGCACCCAGACUCUGCUGCUGUGUUAUGGCGAAGGGUCUUGGGGAUCCUCGGAGAUGUGAAUAACAUCCAGUCACCCAAGAUCCAUGCCAGAGUUUUCUGCUAUCUCUAUGAACUCUGGUACAAACUAGCAAAGAUACGGGAUAAUCUAGCAAUAAGCCUGGAUAACCAGUCUUCUCCAUCUCCUCCAGUUUUGAUCCCACCACUCAGAAUGUUUGCAUCAUGGCUAUUUAAGGCGGUGACACUGCCAAAUAAAUAUAAGGAAGGCAAACUGCAAGCCUACAGGCUGAUCUGUGCCAUGAUGACCAGACGCCAGGACGUUCUGCCAAACUCAGAUUUCCUGGUGCAUUUUUACCUUGUGAUGCACCUGGGAUUAACCAGCGAGGAUCAGGAUAUCUUAAAUACCAUCAUAAGGCACUGUCCACCCCGCUUUUUCUCCCUGGGUUUUCCUGGCUUCUCAAUGCUGGUGGGGGACUUCAUCAUGGCCGCUGCCAGGGUCCUUAGCACAGACAUGUUGACGGCGCCUCGUUCAGAGGCUGUCACUGUCCUCGGCUCUCUGGUCUGCUUUCCAAAUACCUACCAGGAGAUUCCUUUACUGCAGUCAGUGCCAGAAGUAAAUGAGGCCAUUACAAGAACUGAAGAUGUCAAGCAUUACCUCAUAAAUAUUUUACUGAAGAAUGCCACAGAAGAACCAAAUGAAUGUGCAAGAUGCAUUGCCGUUUGCUCCCUUGGGGUCUGGAUAUGUGAAGAGCUUGCACAGUGUACAAGCCACCCUCAGGUGAAAGAGGCCAUCAAUGUGAUAGGAGUAACUCUGAAGUUUCCCAACAAAAUCGUGGCCCAGGUAGCUUGCGAUGUGCUUCAGUUGCUGGUUUCCUACUGGGAGAAGCUUCAGAUGUUUGAAACCUCUCUGCCUCGGAAAAUGGCAGAAAUCCUUGUGGCCACAAUUGCUUUUCUUUUACCAAGUGCAGAGUACUCCUCAGUGGAAACAGACAAGAAGUUUAUUGUGUCCUUGCUACUCUGCCUCUUGGACUGGUGCAUGGCAUUGCCUGUGGGUGUCCUUCUCCACCCCGUGUCCACGGUGGUCCUAGAGGAGCAGCAUUCGGCCAGAGCCCCCUUGCUGGAUUAUAUCUACAGGGUUCUGCACUGCUGUGUGUGUGGCUCAAGCACGUACACCCAACAGAGUCACUACACACUGACCCUGGCUGACUUGUCAUCCACGGAUUAUGACCCCUUCCUGCCACUGGCAAAUGUGAAGAGCUCUGAGCCAGUUCAGUAUCAUUCAUCAGCAGAAUUGGGUAACCUGCUGACUGUUGAAGAGGAGAAGAAGAGAAGAAGUUUGGAGUUGAUCCCUUUGACUGCUCGAAUGGUGAUGGCCCACCUUGUGAACCACCUGGGGCACUACCCCCUCAGUGGGGGCCCUGCCAUACUGCACAGCCUUGUCAGCGAGAACCAUGACAAUGCCCAUGUGGAAGGCUCUGAGCUGUCCUCUGAGGUGUUCAGAAGCCCAAACCUGCAGCUGUUUGUAUUUAAUGAUAGUACCCUCAUCUCCUACCUUCAGACACCCACAGAAGGACUGGCAAGGGGAUCCCCAGUGGGCUGUCUCUCUGAUGUGAGAGUAAUUGUGAGGGAUAUCUCAGGGAAGUACUCUUGGGAUGGUAAGGUUUUAUAUGGACCUUUGGAAGGCUGCUUAGCACCCAGUGGAAGAAAUCCUUCAUUUCUGAUUUCGAGCUGGCAUCAUGACACAUUUGGACCUCAGAAAGACUCUUCUCAAGUUGAGGAGGGGGAUGAUGUUCUUGACAAAUUACUUGAAAACAUUGGCCAUACAAGUCCUGAAUGCCUUUUACCAUCACAGCUAAAUCUAAAUGAACCUUCCCUACCCCCAUAUGGCAUGAACUAUGACCAAGAGAAGGAAAUCAUCGAGGUCAUUUUGCGGCAAAAUGCUCAGGAGGAUGAGUAUAUCCAGAGUCAUAACUUCGAUUCUGCAAUGAAAGUCACCAGCCAAGGGCAGCCCUCCCCGGUGGAGCCCCGAGGACCCUUUUAUUUCUGCAGGUUAUUGCUUGAUGACUUGGGAAUGAAUUCUUGGGACAGAAGGAAGAAUUUUCAUCUGUUGAAGAAAAAUUCGAAAUUAUUGAGAGAGCUGAAAAAUUUGGACUCCCGCCAGUGCCGUGAGACACACAAAAUCGCAGUGUUUUACAUUGCUGAAGGUCAAGAAGACAAGUGUUCAAUCCUCUCUAAUGAAAGAGGAAGCCAAGCAUAUGAAGACUUUGUUGCUGGACUUGGAUGGGAGGUGGAUCUCUCCACCCACUGUGGGUUCAUGGGUGGCCUUCAGCGCAAUGGCAGCACUGGGCAGACGGCCCCUUACUAUGCUACCUCAACUGUGGAAGUGAUUUUCCACGUUUCCACUCGAAUGCCGUCAGACUCAGAUGAUUCCCUCACCAAAAAGCUUCGUCACUUGGGGAAUGACGAGGUCCAUAUCGUCUGGUCUGAACACUCCAGAGACUACCGCAGGGGUAUUAUCCCAACCGCCUUUGGAGAUGUUUCAAUCAUUAUUUACCCAAUGAAGAAUCACAUGUUCUUCAUCGCGAUAACAAAGAAACCUGAGGUUCCAUUUUUUGGGCCUCUGUUUGAUGGAGCCAUAGUGAGUGGGAAGCUGCUGCCAAGCCUUGUAUGUGCCACGUGCAUCAACGCCAGCAGGGCUGUGAAGUGCCUCAUCCCACUCUACCAGAGCUUCUAUGAAGAGCGAGCUCUGUAUCUCGAAGCAAUAAUUCAGAACCACCGCGAAGUAAUGACAUUUGAGGAUUUCGCAGCCCAAGUCUUUUCUCCCUCUCCCAGCUACUCCCUCAGCGGAACGGGGUCCCUGGCCUCCAGUCUGAGUGCUGACCUCGAAGAGCCCCGGAGUGAGGAGGAGACAGAACACCCUCUCCUGCCUCUGCCCCGAGCCACUAAACCCAGAAUCUCCAGGAAAUUUCGUUGCUGUACUAGUGCCCUCAGCAGGUCUUCCCAUUAGUGGACUUCUGAAGCCCAUGGUGAAUCCCACUACAGUGUCUCAGAUGGGACUCAAACUAGGCUAUAUCAUCUUGUCCUGAAACCUCACAAACCUUGGACUUCCAAAGAAGAAACGUAAAAGUCACCAAAAACCAGAGAUGAACCCACUGACACAUGGGCAUUGGUGUGCCUGCUCUGGGCAGAUCACAGCAGGAAAAGAUUCUGCGCUUUCAGGGAGGGGGCAGAGGGCAGCUGGCUUCUGUACCUCAAGUUGUUUCUUCUCAUUUAUGAACCCAAGCAUGAUUCACAAAGGGGCUGGCAAAACCAUUGUCUAAUUGAGGAAUGUGAUCCGCAUUGAUUUUGCUAGUUCCUUUUAUGUUAGGAUUUGUGGUUUACUCAAAAAUUUCAUCAUCAUGGAAAUUGGCUUUCCCCAGGGUCUUUUGCCCAGGAGAAGUUUUACCUCAGUUGUCCAGUGUUUUCCCGCAUGGUACCUGACGUCCGCUGACUGAGCAGAGAUUCUCCUCACCACGCAGAGGCCCUUCAGGUCAUGACAGUGAUGCCCCUAUCUUAGAACACUCAGAAGAUUCCAGAAAUACAGGGUCCUGUCCUUGCAUAAGUUCCUGCAGGACAGGAAGUGUCCCAGGGCUCAAAACAGCACAGACCACAUCCACACAAAAGGUGCAUGCCAGCUUCGGGCACUAGGCUGAGACGGGCACCCCUCGAAUGGCCUUGUGCCUCUAAAAGCCUCACGCUGCAACUUUGCUGCUCCUGUCUGUUGCCCAGAGAGGCCUCAUACAGGCCUCAGAAAUGUUUCUUGUCACACAAAGCUUUAGGUAGCAGAUUCCAAGCAAGGGAUUUAAUCCUUACAUUUUUGCCCAUUUGGCUCCAAGCAAGGCUCAUUAGACCUGGUUUUUUUUUUUUUUCUUUAAAAAAAAAAAAGAAUGAAUGAAAAGAGAAGCAAUGGUGAGCCCUCUUCUGCUGGGGGGCCCUGGGUGGGCCUUGCCCAUCCUGCAGCAGAGAAAUCAGUCAGCAGCGAAGAGCUGCUGGCGCGGGCCCCGGGCUGUGUCCUGGACCCUUGACCUGCCUCAGAGCUAGAGGUUUGCUCCACCCCGCACUUCACUUGGGAAGUAAAUCCAAGAAACUUACCAGAGUCCAUCCCCACUGCGCAGGCUUUGUUCUCACAGCGGCCGGGGACAGAGCAACGCCCUGCAGUGGGAAGGGACAGCAGCACGAGAGAUGCAGCCCGUAACUCAGGGCUUAUGAUGGGUGGGCCGGUCCUAGGAAAGGUGGGCCCUGUGCAGGAGGCCUCCCCGCCUUCCUCUGCCCUCUGCCCUCUGCCCUUGCACACACUUGUUACCUUCAGGCUGCUUGGCCACCCAGGCCUGAAGAAGCCUUCUGAGGCCCUCACCCCAUCCAAGCAGCCAUUUUCACUGAGGAGCCAGUUUUUUGCAUUUGCUAUUGAGCUGGUUUGGCUGGAACCUGGCCUUUGUAGGGAAAACGGGGAGACCCAUGAGCCAGACUCACUCUUGGGACAAAUGAGAAAGAGCUGAGCCAGUCGUUCCUGUUGGAAGGGCGGGCCUGCUCAUCCUGGAGAGAAUUUGCUUUUCUGCUUUGUAGGGGAUUGCAGGUAGGGCUUGAGGCCAGGCCCACUGACAGGAGCACCUUGAGAACCACCUGAACACAUGAGAAUGAGGGUGCCCCAAAGUGGAAGGAAGCUUCCGGCCCCUGGGCUGUUUUGGGAAAGGCCCAGGGUACUCAUAGGGGCUGAAGGGCAAUGUGAAGAGUGACUGCAAGUCCUGGCAUUUUUUGUGGUGUCAGCAAACGCCCCUUUAUUUUAAAUGAUUCCAGACUUCUGGGCAGCGUAGCUUGGCCACCGUCACUCAGGCUUGACCCUGCUGUUGAGCUGCUGCUGUCUCCUGUUUACCUCCCUCCUGUUGGGAAGGCCAUCGCAUGCUCCUCGGCUCCAGAGUCCCCUGUGGGUCUCUACCAGCAGGUCGCCUCUGGGAGAACAUUUCAUCUUCAGGCUCUAGAAACUCCUGUUGUGGAAUUCCUGGCUUUAGUAGAAAAGACAUGGCAGGAUUUAGAGAUCGUAUUGAAUUCUCCUGGACUUCUGCUCCAUGAUUUCAUUUUGCUUUCACGAACCAGCGAUCCCAACCUUGGGGUGGGAAAUUCAAUUGUAGGCAGCAAAUAACCCUCCUGUAACCCCUGAGGAUUAUAACGACCCCAUGACCCCAGAUGACAGCCAGCAGUUUGGUGACUAGAGUUUUUUUGAGCCUGCCGUUCUCAGUAGCAGCUUUGGUCUGGAGAUCUGGAACGUGGAGCAGGGAAUCUGACAGCCACGUUUCUCGUGAUCACAUGGACUGGAGUCGUUUUUGUUAUUUGGGGUGGAAAAUUGCAAUGAUCAAGUUUCUUUUUUUUUUUUUUUUACUUAGAAAAGCAAAUAUUGUGUUUUUGUAAUAAAUCUCUUUCAGCAAAAUUGCGGAGGAUCAUUCAUCCAGUAGGGCCCCACCUGAGGCACAGCGCUGACUCAUCACGGUGGUACCAGUAGGUCAGCCAUCUGGAAACAGAAGUGGCCCUAAUUGGGCCAAAAUGUGAUAAGACUCACUGGCCUCAGGCAGGGCUAGGCCAGCUCCCUCACUUUUCUGCGCACCUAUUCCCAGAUUCCAUCCAGAGCAAAGCUGAUGUUUAUCGUCUUAUUGUACUUAGGCUUUCGUGCUUUAAAAAAAUUAUGACUUUUUACAAAUAAUUAAGCCUUCAGCAGACAGAAGUGAAGAAAUUUAGCCUGGGUUGCCUCAGCAACAAAGUCUGCAGUUCCUAAGAGCCACAUGUUGGGGAAGUGGGGUGACCCAAACUUGGUGACGUGGGUUGAUUGAUCAGACCCUUAGCCUUACAAGCAACAGGCCAUGCAGAUCCACAGAGCCAUGCACAUCCUGUCUUCCUGACCUUCCUCAGGUGGCACCACCUGCGCCCCAUGAACCUGCUGUAUCGGUGUCAUGUGGAGGUCUGAUGAAUCCUUUAAAACCUAACUGUGAUGUCGUAAAUGUAACUGUGCUACCUUUAUAUCUACUGAAGGGGAGUGUCUGCAUCCGAGGGAAAUUCAACAUGAAACAACCAUCGUUUUAGUUGCACUCAGUCUGUCCAUAUGACAUACACAUGAAGUGAAUGUUUCCUUAUGUUUUAGGUCUACAAUGUUUAGUACAUGUAAAUAAGGAAAAAAUUUGAUAAAUAUGGUAAAUUAAGUUAUAGCGUGUCAUUUGAUUCUUAUUUUGCUAUCUCUUGUUAUUUAAUUUUCCUAAUGCUCCACAUCUAGGUUCCUUCCUAGGUGGUGGGAACACCUUGCAGACGUGUGUGCAGCAGGACACACCACGGCACAGGCAGCCAUGCCGAGAAAGCACACAUCUCCACUGAUGGCAGCCACCCGACUCUCCAGUUAACCUCUUUUACUCUUUAAUUCUGAUUUACUCUGAUGAUUUAAUGAAGUGGAAACACAGCACUUCAGUGCUAUAUGUUUCUCUCAUUCUCAUUAUAGUUUAUAAGAAAAUAAAGUUUACCUUGGCACCUAAUAAAAA